UUAUGUUUUGUGGUUAUAAUAAUAAUAUGUCAAUUUGAAAUAUAUUUUUAAAGUGAAAAGUGGAAAGGAAUGUGAUUUUUCUAAAAGCUUGACCAACCUCAAGUACCUCAUCUUCUUAUAAAAAAACUUUUGAAGAAGGGAUCAUGGAAGAGAUAGUAGAAGUGUUGGAAGAACCAUCUGAUGUUGGGAUGACAGUACCACUCUUCAUAAAAAAACUAUGGAACAUGGUAAAUGAUAGGGACGAAGGAGAUAUCAUAGGUUGGAAUGACGUUGGAGAUAGCUUUAUCAUACAUGACCGACUCCAGUUUACCACAAAAUUGUUACCACAUUAUUUUAAACAUAACAAUCUAUCCAGUUUUGUGCGACAGCUAAAUUUUUAUAACUUUCGUAAGGUAUCUAAUGUUGAAGAUAAGUUACAAUAUGAACAUAGUUGCUUUAUGAAAGGUGUUCCCCAAGUGCUUGUCUUUAUUCGUCGAAAGAAUCCUGCUGUCCACAAACAAACGUCUACAACAAAUGUGAAUGAAGCUGCAGCACUGAAUAAUCUUCUGAAGGAUAUAAAGGCCAUGAAGAGUAGGCAUUCUCAAAUUGACAAAGAAAUGUCAACGUUAAAACAGGACAAUACUGCUUUAUGGAAUGAGUUAAAUUCAUUACGAAUGAAGUAUGCAAAACAGUCUUCUGUUAUUAAUAAAUUGAUACAUUUUCUAAUCACUUAUAUUCACACACAUCAAACAUCAUUCUCAAAACAAAAUAUCAGAGUUCCUAGAAAUAUCAACACAAAUAAACUCCAACCUGGGCCUACACUGCUAGAGUUAGAUUACCAGCAUUCUAAAGAUACGUUGAAAGAUAUCAGAACAGGAAGAUAUACUGUACCGGGCUCCAGUAAAACUAUAACAUAUUCCUUGAAACUUCCUGAGGGUCACUUAGAAAGCAAUAGAAAUACAAACAUGUUUUCAAGAGAUUCCUCUCUUCCAAAGAAAAACACUCAGUCUUUGAAAGAAAUUUUAGCUUUAAAUGAGCCAUGCCAUCAGGCUGGAAGAAUUCCAAAGAAUAUGUCUCAAUCUGGAAGAAUCACCUAUUCCGUAAAACUACCUGGAAAUCAGCCAAGAGAAAAAAUGCAAUCUGAUAUUCAAAGAUCAUUGUUGAAAAUUUUGGAAGACAAUGAAAAACUGUCAAUUGAAAAUUCAUUGGAGCAAGAGCUGACAGAAAUACAAUCAGAUAAUACCCUACUUAUUGACAGUGAGCAAAAUCAAAUAUUUGAGAAUUUACCAGUAGUAGAAAGUCCACCAAUGGAAAAUAGUUCAAAUGCAAAUUCUGAAUCUACAAAUAUGGUUUCAUUUGUUAAGCCAGGAACUGAUUUUAAUAUGCAAAUUUUCAAUAAUCCUCAAGCUAAUUCAUCUAGUAAAACUAAAGGGGGAAAUAGCCAACUUGUUUCCAUGGAGGGGACAAGUUAUUCAAACAGUACAAAAAACAAUACUCAUGACCACACAAAAGCUUUGGAUCCCAAAAUUGCGUUUUCAAAUCGAAUAAAAAUUAUGGAUAAGAAAAGAAAUAACCAUUCGGAAUCGAUGUCCAGAGGUUUACAAUCUCCUCAGAAAAAAAUUAAAAAAAAAGUGACUGAAGUUUCUUCUUUCAAUGAACAACAGGUAAAUCAGAAGGCAUCAGUGCAACCAGAAAUUGAAAAUAAUCUACUUGAAAUGUUGAAGGAAAGCCAAACUGCGUCCACUGAUAAUUCCUUGGAACAAAUAUUUUACGAAUUCCAGACACAAGGUGAAAGUUUUGACAUAACAAAUAGAGUUCAGGAAACUUUUCCAAUUAUAGAAAGUCCUCCUGAACCUGAAAAUUUUUGUAAAAAUUAUUCAGUGAGUAUCUCACAACCGGAACUGGUUGAAAUGCCAGAAAGCAAUAUUAACGAAUUUCCAGAUUUGGAACCAAUAAUUCAGAGCCCAACGGAUGAAGUUGAUAUUUCAUCUAAUAUGUCUAAGAAUUUAGCAAGGUUUAGUAUAUUAGAGAAUCCAAAGCAAAAUCUUGGUUUAUAUAUAGAUAAUACCCAAGAAGAACUGAAUAUGCUUCAGGAAAUUUUGAAUAACUUGAAUUCUAAAGACUAUGGUGAUAUUCCAGGUAAUGCUCAGAGAGAUGAAAACAUUUAUUCAUCAGGAAAGAACAAUGAAAAUCAGAUUGAAGAAGUUGAUAACAAAGCCAGUUCUUCAAAUAUCGCUGAUAUUGAAUCUUUAAAUACUUGCAAUUCACCACCAACCCCAACUGUAUCAGUGGAUGAAUAUUUCAAUCCAAAUUUUAUGAUCAAUAAUAAUUAAGUACAGAACUGAAAUUAGAUUUUUGAUACAAUUUUUACUUUGUGAUAAUGAAUUAUAAAUAUUAAUCUUCCUACCUAAUUAAGUUAAUCUGGCAUUGUGUUAACCUAACCACUUAGUUUUUAAUCUACUUGUCAGAAGUAUUGCUCUUAGGCCAAAUAUAGCUUCUUUAGUUAAAGGUAUUAUGGAUAUUUAUUAAAGAAAACUUAAUGCAUUUUCUUGUUUUGUGAUGGAUGCCUUCACCAUGUAGCAAUGUUAGGAUAAGUUAUGUGAAAAAUAAGUUUUGUCUAUCAUUAUUUUUACGUGUUGACUUUUGUUUAAGGAAAAUUUUUCACAAGUAGCUUAUAUGAAAAUUUACAUAACCAUCAAAAUAAAAAAAUCCAUGGAUGGUUAUAACUGGUUCAUUAAUUACCAUUUAGGCUACCUCUAAACACCCGAAUUGCACGGUUUUGUCAUUUGAAUUUUUUUAUCACUUAAGACAUCAAUUCAUUCAGGCAAUGUGUACCUAUGAGUUUCAACAUUUUAGUAGUAUACAUUCUUGAAUAUGGGUUUUGUCGUAUGUCCGAAUGGUUCUUGCAAGAACUGUGACCAAAAACCUAAUUUUUGACUGAUUACCUUUAUUUCAUCAUAACAAUGUUCAUACUGAACAACUCUAACAGAUCAUUUAUAGGAAAAAGUUUAGAUUGAUUCAAGGUUAGAUAAGAAUGUGUAAAAUAUCUUCUUCAAGUAAUCUGACGAUUUCCUAGCUUAUUUUGAGUUUCUUUAUCACUAAUCUUGAAUUUUCGAGAGGCUGAUUUUUAUGUGUACAAGCCAUCUUCCCGAAAAUGAGUAAUUUUAUACACACCGUUGAUAUAUGUAUUUACUUUUCAGUAUUUUUAAAUAUCUGAUUUAUAAAAUUUUGAUAAUUUACACUGCCGAAAAAGUAUACUGACAUUUAACUAAUACAUUGACAAAAGUCAUAUCCUUCUCGACAGCAUGACUUGAAGAAUUCAUUUAUCGUUUUCUACCGUUUCUUCAAAUAACUUCCUAUUCAUUAUCACUGUAGACAUCAUAAAUAUGAUUGAUAAUAACAUGUUAUUUUUCCACGUUUAGGUGUAAUAUAUAUGAAUAUGUUUUAAA